GGAACAGAGUCAAAUACAAGUUCCUCCCAAGAUGUCACCCUCCUUAUACAAGGUACCAUCCAUCCAUUCAUUUUCUACCGCUUAUUCCCAUCCCCGGGGUCGCGGGGGGAGUGGAGCCUAUCCCAGCAUCUUCGGGCGAAGGCAGGGGACACCCUGGACAAGUCACCAGUUCAUUGCAGGGCUGACAAGGUACAUUCUUCCAUAUUUACAUGGGACCUAACCAACCAUUCAUAUUGAAUCCAUUUGGACUAUCAGACUUUGGUUCAACUUGCAGUGUCUGGCAACACCAUCAAUUUGUUAGAGCCACCAACGCCAGAUGAUGAUCCAGUGAGUACUCCAUCAAAGGCAUACUGCAGGCCUGGCAUGUCUAGUCUACUAGCUUUAAUAUCAAUCCCAUUACAUGUGAUAGGAUGAAGGCACCAGUGGAGCCGGAGGAGCAACAGCAGCAGCAGCAGGAGGAGGAGGAGGAGCAGCAGCAGCAGCAGAAGAUGAUGACGAUGAUGAUAACUUUGAUGAGGAGGCUGUCUCUAUUGAUUCAAGAAGGCUUGAGGUAUUAUGUAAACCUGUGGAAGUACUCAUUCAGUCUAUGAAGUUGAUAUGUAGUAGGUAUCAUGAUUAAAUAACCAUUUGUAGCUUGUGAGGUGUGAGGCUGCAAAGGUGUUCCUCGUGAAGUCAAGGGAUCCAAUGGCCUAUAAGAAGGCCCGAAAUCAUGUGUUCCUCCCUGCUCUAACAAUGGCGUGCCCAUUUCUAGAAGAGAUAAUUGAUGAGGAAGCGCUCGUGCUCAGGAGAGCCUUCAGGGGGGAGAGGGAUUUUCAGGGACAGGUCAGACCCAUUGGCCUUCACUGAUGACUACCUGUAUGAAAGGUAUAGAUUUUCAGCAGAUGGCAUCCAGUACCUUUGCAGACUGCUGGGUCCCAGGCUAUGCCACCAAACGGCACGCAACCAUGCGCUAAGUGUAACACAUAUGGUGUGUGUGGCCUUGCGCUUUUAUGCAAGUGGGGGCUUCCUGUACUUUGUGGGGAUGCAGAAAAUUUGAACAAGGCCACAGUUUGCUGCACCGUGCGCAGUGUGUAUGUGGCCAUUAAGUUGUUUCUAGGUGUCUUCAUUUUCUUCCCUGGCCACAGAAGACUCCGGCAUAUCAAAGACGAUUUUUAUAGGACUGCAGGUAAAAGAAAUUUCAAAUUACAUGACAAGUGUUAACUGUCAUAGUAGGAUACUCAUUGCUUUGUGUUAAAGGUUUCCCCAAUGUCAUUAGCACAAUUGACUGCACCCACAUAAAAAUAAAAUCCCCCUCAGGUGCCCAUGAAGGAGAUUUUAUUAAAGGGGACCUGCCAUCAAAAUGUAAUUUUGUGUGUUUUUUGUGUCAGAUAAGGUCCAUAUUAUGUUCGUCUUAUGUUGUAAAUGUGAAAACCGUUACGUCGUUUGCAUUCUGUAAAGGUUUAAAAUAAAGGAACGGGUAAACCAGGCCAAUUGAAAAAGCAGGUCCCUCUGACGUCACGCUGACCUUGCUCAUUAUUAUUCACGAACACGUCCUCGGUGAGCCGCGCCCACUCUCUCAUUCUCGUACUCAUUCACAGUCAGAGUGAGACCCAGCUACCACUGUAUCCGCUAUCGGUUCACUGACGGGAAAAUGAACUUAAAGCUGGGCAGAAUGAAUGAGAAAACACCGCUGGAGAUCUCUGGCUUCUUCUUCAACUUCCACCUCCUCUUCGGACUCGGGGUCUAAAAUAUAUAGUUUAAUACCUGCCAUUUUUAGCCUUUAGCAUAAGGUGACCAGACGUCCCGGAUUUCUGGGGACAGUCCCCGUAUUGGAUGACCUGUCCGCGGCAAAAGCUGUCCCAAAAAUGUCCCCGAUUUAAGCGUUUCAUGAAUGAGAACUAAAUGUUGCGUGUGGGCUCGAACAACGGUUAUUACAGUAGCCGAAUAGGUAGGAAGCACAAGUAAGCAGUCCUGAACAACAGUUUUUAAAAGGGGGUUAUUACAAGGGGCAUGCGCUGCUACUAAAUAGUACCGAGAUGUUGUCUGUGAUCACACAGCCUCUGCAGCCCCUGCACCCGCCGCCGCACCGAAUAUCCCCGGAUAUCAUUACAGACAUCUGGGCACCUUACUUUAGCACACAUUAGCAAAAUGGAUAAACCGAAAUCCGAACCUCCACUGCUGAGCCAAUCAGAGCACAGCAGGCUUCACAGCAGCGAUCCAAUCAGUGCAAAGCUCAUUACCAGAAAUGUUAAUGAGCCAAAAUCAUUUGGUUUUCCUGUAAGGUUUUUUAGGCAUACUAAAACAAACCAUCAAAUAACUUUUCAGCUAAAAUUAUGUUGCAAACAUGAUCAGAGGACAUCAAGGAUUAUGAAAAAAUGAUAAAAAUGGGUAUGAAUUUUUUAUGGCAGGUCCCCUUUAACAGGAAAUCCUUUCACAGUAUUAAUGUUCAGGUAAACAUGUCUUUUUGAUAUUUUCAAUUAAUGAACACUGCUUCUGACGUGCAUUGAUUGGUUUAAUUUUCAACAUCUUAUACUUUCAGAUGGUCUGCAAUGCAUGUGACAUUAUUGUUGCCUGCGCUAUCCUCCACAAUGUGGUCUGCCGAAGGAAGGAGAGGGCUCCCAGAGUGCCAACACACACUGGCCCUCAUUUAUCAAUCUUGCGCAGAUCUGAGCGCAGGAUUCAUCGUAUCUCAUACAUGCCUCAUAUUUUUAAUUGCCAUGACAUAGGGUAUGUGGCUCCUAUUAUUGAAGGUAUUUUAAUUUGUUGCUUCUUUGUAAUGUAGACCAGACUGGAGAGUCUGACAGAGGCUGAACAAAAAUAAUUAUUAACGUCACCGAAUGGUGUGUUGCUGCCCCUGAGGCACAUUUUUAUGCAUUUCUAUUGGAUUUUAAUCACUGAUUGAAUAGAAAGAGCACUUUCUAAACUUACACUUUACAUGUCAGAAUCCGUCGAUAAGGUCCUCGUUAUUGUUCUCCAGGCAUCAGGUCCUCACGUUGCACUGGCACAGGUAACGGCACUCCAUUCACCAGAGCAACAUUGUGCAAAACUGUACUGGCCCAAAUGAUGUCCCACACCCUCUCAGGAGUGUACAACAACGUCCCCGCUGCUGGGCCAAGACAGGGACACCUGUCUUUUAGGAGUCAAACGCAGCACUCCACAGAGGCGCGUGUGCGUGUACGCGUAAUGUUAAAACAGCGCUCCUGCUCUGUGGCAGUGUUUCUGGGCAGAGUGAUCAAAUAGGCCUAUUCACUAAGGACAUUACAAAGUCAUUUUAUUUUAUUUUCGUCUUAAUCUUUAAUGAAAUCUGGCUGAUUGUGCUUAAUGACAGGUUUGAGGUUUGUUUAUCAAUUAUUUCGAGACAAACAUUUAUUAUUUCAGUUAAAAUCUAUUUUGUACAUUUAAGUUACAUAUUGCCUGCAUUUGCAGGAGAAUUUAUGUUGUGUUUUAUUGAUUUGGCCUAUUGUGUUGUAUACUGUGUGUAUACAGGCCUGCUAUUUCUGUUCAUUGAAUAUGGAUUUGUCCUGCAGCUAUUUCAGUGUGCAGACAUGCAGGGUGUAUUAAAUAGACCUCUGUGAAUGUGUAUUUAUUGUUGUUAUAUGAUAUGCUUUGACUAUGUGCUUCCUAUCUUGUAGGGCCCGUUUUGAAAGGUGCUGAUGGUUUACCUGCUUUGAUUCAUCCUUAUUCAAUAAAGGAACAUCAUGUUACUCUUAUUGUAUUUUAUUUAUAUAUAUAGAUUUAAUAAUAGCAAAAUCAUUUAUCUAAAAUGAUUGCAAUUAAUGAUCACAAAUGUUUAAAUAAUGACAGCGGGUGUAGUUAAAUGUGUUAACAAUGUGUAGUGGGCAGUGGACUGAAUAUUGGUGUCCAUUUGUGGUGACUGCUUACUGAGAUAAGGGAUAAGAUUAAACACAUACUGGAACUUAGCCUGGUCUGGAGCAGGCUAGCUCCACAGAAUGGCUCUCAUUUUUCAAGCUUGCUUACGGUAGAAAACUUGCGUACACCUUGCGUAUGAAAAUUUUGACGUGAGGAUGGGCAUUUAUCAAUCUGCACGUGAGCAUACGCUACGACCAAAUCUUUCGACAGGUCUGACAUCAUGUACGCAAGUUUGAGUCAGUGUGGAUCUGCAGUGCAGCAAAAGUCUGUCUCGAAAUAAUUGAUAAACAAACCCCAAAACUGUCAUUAAUCACAAUCAGCCAGAUUUCAUUCAAGCUUAAGACAUAAAUAAAAUAAAGUAAAAUAAAUUUGUUAUGUCCUUAGUAAAUAGGCCUUUUUGAUAACUCUGCCCAGAAACACUGCCACAGAGCAGAGGAGGAGCGCUGUUUCAACAUUACGCACACACGCACACACGCCUCUGUGGAGCACUGCGUUUGACUCAAAAAGGCGAGGCUUCUGAACCACGAAUAUUUAAGGGCGUAACAUGUUAAUGACGAUCGAUUUCAGCCACCGCAUUUAUCAAGACCCCAUCAUACGUACGCUGGGAUUGGUCAGAUACGAACCCUUUCAUAAAUCUCACGUGUGUCCUAUCGUGGCCUACGAUGAAUCCUGCGCUCAGAUCUGCGCAAGAUUGAUAAAUCAAGGCCAGUGUGUGUUGGCAUUUUGGGAGCCCUCUCCUUCCUUAGGAUGGCCACAUUGUGGAGGAUAGCGCAGGCAACAAUAAUGUCACAUGCAUUGCAGACCAUCUAAAAGUAUAAGAUGUUGAACAUUAAACCAAUCAAUGCACGUCACAAGCAGUGUUCAUUAAUUGAAAAUAUCAAAAAGUCAUGUUUACCUGAACAUUAAUGCUGUGAAAGGAUUUCCUGUUAAUAAAAUCUCCCUCAUGGGCACCUGAGGGAGAUUUUAUUAUUAUGUGGGUGCAGUCAAUUGUGCCAAUGACGUUGGGGAAACCUGUAACACAAAGCAAUGAGUAUCCUACUAUGACAGUUAACACUUGUCAUGUAAUUUGAAAUUUCUUUUACCUGCAGUCCUAUAAAAAUCGUCUUUGAUAUGCCGGAGUCUUCUGUGGCCAGGGAGGAAAAUGAAGACAACUAGCAACAACUUAAUGGCCACAUACACACUGCGCACGGUGCAGCAAACUGUGGCCUUGUUCAAAUUUUGAUCUGCGCUCAGAUCUGCGCAAGAUUCAUAAAUGAGGGGCAAUGAGUCUCCAUGGUAACUUAUGUCAUAACAUAUCCCACUUUCCCCUAUCCUACUUUUAUGCAAGCGGAUCACGGAUAACCAACAUGUCCCGGCUUAAUCCCUUAUCCUACUUUCAUGCAACAGGCCCCUGGUUAGAUUUAAGGUCAGGAAGCGCUUACCUGUCAGUGUUUGUGUUCAGGUGAUGGCUGACUCUGCUGCAGUCACGCGUGUUUCCGGUCCUUCUCACGUCACAUCAUGCCGCAAAGUGCUCCAGUGGCAGUUUAAAAAGUUCUCAGACGUAAAACCCAAACGCCAGCAGACAGAGGAAGCCAACGAGUCGGUAAGGAUCUCAGUUGAACCGGUGACAGCGCGUGAGCGCGUCUGUGCUCGACUGUAUCUGCUGACGGGAGCGUUUGCUAUUACAACAUCAAAGCUAAGCGGAGCCUGCGCAGACUCAAGAUCAGCCCGCUUUCUUCUUCUUCGUCGCCUUCUUGGGCUUCUUCUUCUUCUCUGGUAUUUCACGGCAAUUUGCAUCCAUGACGUAACAUUACUGCCACCCUCAGUUACUCAUCCUCUAUUACCGUUUAUUUUGUAUCCUUUUGUAGUUUUUCUCAGUCGCUUUGGUGCAUUUCUCAGAUCAGAAUGAAAGUUCUCACAACUAUUAGUUCAACCUCCACAACACUGAGUCAUUUGUGCACAUCGUUGUAGCCGUUUCUCAUUCUUCUGAACCGAUUGCAAAUGCUCUCGGACAUGUAUCAGUUACUUUCGUACAAUUCUCUGCUGUUUUGUAACAUUAUCAUUUGCUUAUGUCGUGUAAGCCAACAUGAACUAUACUUAUGAAUGCUGAAUAGUCAUGCCCUUUAAAACUAAUAGUCCUCAUUUCAUUGCCUGAGUCAUUACAUACAAAAUUGUUGAACUAGUUGUCAAAGUCUGUCCAGCUGAUUUCAUACAUUCCUUUAUCAUUUUUUUUUCCUGAAAAUGUCUCCUAAAUUGAACAAUUGCUCUCAGGUGAACCAGUGUAUACCGUUUUUACAAUUCUGUGACACAAAAAUGGAAGGUCAGCGUCGUUUACAGUAAUAUGUUCUGUUAUAUUGUUAACAUUUGUGCACAGUUCUACCAAAAUUGAUAUUUCUUAUGUUUGUUCUAAUUAAGUGGAUGUGAUUUUUUUUUUUUUUGCACAAAGCUGUAGAAUUGCAAAAAGCAUAUGCAGUAAAUAUGUGAAACAUGCAUGUGUCUAGUAUUCAGUUACUUCACUCAAUGUGUAGCUUAACUGAAGUUUUCAAAUGGCUGUACAGGCAGUGUAUCAUGCUGUCUUGAGCAUUUUCAGGUAGGGUCACCAAGGUCUGACUUUUUUGCAUUGGAAAAAACAGAGAGAGUAAACUGCCAUAAUGAAAACAUAACAAAGCCAUUUGGGUGUCUCGUUCAUAAACAAUGGUGUCAGGACUUUUAAUUUUGAUGAAAAUGACAAUUCACUGACAUGAAUACUUGCUUUUGAGGGUUCAACUAUCCAUUUUGAGCAAGUGACGUGCUUUUGCAGAUUAUCCACUAGGUUUAGUCUGUACUAAUUGUUCUGUGAAAUGCACUAACUGUUGUGCAAAUGUUAAUAGUGAUGUGAAAAAUGCACCAAAGCGACUGAGAAAAACUGUAAAAAGCCCAUUCACAGUCAAAAAGGCCAUCACCUCCUCCCUUCCAUCUGCACGUUCAAGAAAAUUCGUCCGCUUUUGAACCACUCUUACGCAAAAAAGCUUGAACACAAUGGCUCUCAUUUUUCAAGCUUGCGUACGGCAGAAAACUUGCGUACACUUUGCGUACGAAAAUUUUGACGUGAGGAUUGGCAUUUAUCAAUCUGCACGUGAGCAUACGCUACGACCAAAUCUCACGACAGGUGAAAGAUUAAGAUGUAAUUAAAAUUUAAAAAAAAUAAAAUAAAAGAGGGUGUCCAGUGAAAUCCCUUGAGCAUUUUAUGUUAUUAAUAACAAAAAAUGCUCAAGCGAUUUCACUGGGCACCCUCUUAAUUCUUUAAGAGGGGACCCCCAGCAGCAAGAAUCAGUUGAGAAAAAAACUUUAACCGACGAAACCAUGUUCAGCCAAAAAUCACCCUUUGGCUCCUGGACUAGCUCGACUCGGUUGAAUUUUGGCACUCCGACAAUCGGUUCUAAGUGACCAAUCGAGUGGAGGGGCGGGCCACUCUGCACCUCCCCUCCACUCGAUUGGUCACUUAGAACCGAUUGAUGCAAGGUCAGAGCCAACCGGAGGCAGAGUAGUAAUGUUAAACCUCAGCACUGCCUCUUCUGUCACAAUACCAGUCUGCACAAACACAGUUGAAAUAAAUGUACAGGAGCUUACAGGAAAAUCUUUUUCAAAAUCAUGAAUACAGCACUCCAUUUCUGUGGUAUAUAGAUAGAUAGAUAGAUAGAUAGAUAGAUAGAUAGAUAGAUAGAUAGAUAGAUAGAUAUUCAUUUUUUGCUAGCAAACAGUUGCAAUAAUCUUUUUUGUCACAGUUUAAAAUUUUGUCUUUGCAAUUCUUAAUAAAGUUUUGAAGGGGCAAAAAAGAGAUGUAGUGUAUGUGGCUAAUUUUUCUGACGUUAUGCUCAUCAAUUUCGUCAGAGGAUUGACAGGUGCUGAAUAAAGUUGAGGUGAAAAAAGGCAACUCAGACCUUAGAUGUUGGAAAUCAGUAAUAUUAUUAUGUGCAAAAUCACAAUGACAACGAGGACAUCAUUAAUGUUACAGAGGACUUAAGCUUUAUAAAGAAGGCAUGACAAUCUAACCUAUUUUCAUCAUUUCACCAGCUUAAUAACGAACUUUGUGUACCAUUAAUUUGAUUCAUAAUGCCUCCUCUUAAGAUGAUUGCCACGCAAAAAUUUGUGUUAUAUUAGCAGUCUGUGUGUGUGUGUGUGUGUGUGUGUGUGUGUGUGUCUGUGUGUGUAGUGCAAUUUUUAACUUGUCUUGUGCCUCAGCAGCUGAAAAAAAAAAGUUUAGAGCCGGCUAAUUUCGAGGCGUGUGAUUCGUCACUAACUCCAGUGACAAAAUUACCGAUAGACAAAAAAUGUGCAAGAGGUAAGAGUGCCUCGGUGGGGAUUUAUCUGAAUACACCGCCUAGCAUUAAUACUGCCUCCCCCACUGCCUCAGAUUGAAUCUGUCAGUGAGCACUUAAAAUGACCAAUCAGCAACGAAUAUCUAUCUAUCUCUCUAUCUGUCUGUCUGUCUGUCUGUCUGUCUGUCUGUCUGUCUGUCUGUCUAUCUAUCUAUCCAUCUGUCUACCACCCACAGAAAUGGAGUGCUGUAUUCAUGUUUUUGAAAAGGAUUUUCCUGUAAGCUCCUGUACAUUUAUUUCAACUGUGUUUGCGCAGACUGGUAUUGUGACAGAAGAGGCAGUGCUGAGGUUUAACAUUACCACUCUGCCUCCGAUUGGCUCUGACCUUGCAUCAAUUGGUUCUAAGUGACCAAUCAGAGUGGAGGGGAGGUGCAGAGUGGCCCGUCCCCGGAGUGCCAAAAUUCAACCAAGUCGAGCGCGCAGAGGGCCCUGAGUGAGACAGCCCGUAUGUGUACAGACACUGCGAGCACGCGGGUAGUGACAGCGAGCGCGCAGACAGUGAUGGCGAGCACGUGGGUAGGUGUUUUUAUGCGCGCUGAUAUGUUUUUUAUGCGCGCGGAUAUUUGGCAUCGUAUUGACGCCAUACAGGGGCCUGUCUUACAAAGCAAGUUCAACCUUGCGAGGUAGCCUUGGAGCUACCUCGCUCAACUUAGCGCGGUAGCCAGCGGUCUUGCUAAAUGGUCUUACGAUGCUGGUUAUCAACUUCGUAAGUUGAUCCAGCUUUGCUAUGAGCACGUGCACGCACGUAAGGCGGAGCCCGCCACAUCUGACCAAUCGCGAACAUGGACCAGUCUGGAGCAUCAGAGCAGGCUGGAGAGCGAAGGACCGCAGACUUUACAAACGAGGAGCAGGAGACGAUCAUAAGAAAGUAUGAAGAAUUCAAAUCUAUCAUAAACCUCAAAAGCUAUUACUAUUAGCGGUACUAUUUAGUAGCAGGGCACGCCCCUUGUAAUAACCCCGGUAAAUACCGCUGCAAAAGCACGGAAGGAAUGCUGGCAGAAAAUUAAUCUUUGAUGCCUUUAUCACCCUGAAAUAGCAAUGUUCAACAUGCGCUUUUAACUAAGGUGACCGGACGUCCACGAUUUCCGGGGACAGUCCCUGAAUUGGAUGAUCUGUCCCCGGCUAAAGCUGUCCUCGAAAAUGUCCCCGAUUUAAGCGUUUCAUGAAUGAGAACAUAACUGUUGCGUGUAGGCUAGAACAACGGUUAUUACAGUGGGUAGGAAGCACAAGUAAGCAGUCCUGAACAACAGUAUUCACGGGGGAUAUUACAAGGGGCGUGCGCUGCUACUAAAUAGUACUGAUAUGUUGUCUGUGAUCACGCAGCCCAUACCCAUUAAUUUCCAAGAUGAAUUCAUUCAUUUGUUCAUUCCUAUCGUGUUUACAUUUUUGUGUGAUAUGUAGGCCAUAUGAGCCUUUCAUAAAGGUAAAGGAAAAGUAAGGGGGUCCGUGCGGUCCCUGAAAACUCUCGCACGCCAGAGUGCUCCUCGGACAAUGCAAGGUCUAUAGGAUCCACCAAGAACGGACAAGCCAUUUUUCGAGAGAGCUCAUUGGUCAGUGGGCAGGGUUUUUUAUACUCGUGAGUUCAAUCUGGAACCUAACCUGCAUGAAAGAGGACAAGUAUAAGAAAGAUUCGAAACUUUUCUGAGCUGAAAGUGGAUAUCCUCACAUCUGUGUUGGAAACUAACAGGGAUUUUCUCUUUGGAAGCAUAAAAACUGGUAUAAAAGCAGUCCAGGAAACUCCUGUCUGGAGCAGGAUUAUGGUUGCAGUGAACAGCGCUGCUGCGGAAUAGCAGACAGUGGCUAAAGUUUGAAUAAAUCAUUAGUCAAUAAGUUGCUCAUGAUGAUAAAUUAUUAUCUUAUACAUGCCUCAUAUUUUUUAUUGCCAUGACAUAGGGAACGUUGCUCCUAUUAUUGAAAGUAUUUAGUUUUAAUUUGUUGCUUCAUUAUUGCAUUAUUUGGAGACAGACUGUUGAGCUAUGGGGUUCUGUGGGUAACAGAUGCACCACCGCCACCUAGUGGGCUUAAAGCAGCUGCUACCAUCCAAGAUGGCGCCGCCCAUGGCUGCUAUGGUAUCGACGUGUGUUGUGUUCUGUCUGUGUAUUGUUUACGUGUCCUGUGAGCCUUCUUACACUAGAGAAGAGCUACUGCACAUUGGGUGUUCUACCCCACCGGACAUAUUACCAACAUUACUCACCCGUUCCACAGAUAUAUUGGAUAUUCUGGUGAGAGGGACAGCGCUCUUUGCCAGUGCUGUGCGUUGGACCAGAAGACAACGUGGGAAGAGAGGAGGUUGUCUGGUUCGACUACGGCAGAGAGGAUCGCGUCCAUCACUCCCAGGUAUAUUCCUGUUUAACGUGAAUUCCCUGCCUAAGUCCCUUCACAACUCUAGGGCGCUGAGGAGGGCAAAAAAAAUCAUGGCCGACCCCUCCCACCCUGGCCACAGUCUCCUCUCCCUGCUCCCCUCUGGGAGAAGGAUGCGGCUGCUGAAGGCCACCACAGCAUGCCAUAGACUCAGUUUUUUCCCCUCUGCUGCCAGGCUGCUAAAUGAGUCUGGCUUCCCUCCUCUCCCCGCCCACUAGGGACUUUGACACUUGAAAGACUCUGAAACUCUGAAACGGUAAUGACUCAACAAUAUUUGCACUAUUGAUCCUACUGCACUUUAUAUUUAUCUAUUUUUUCUGCAUGGUGUUGUUUAUGUUUUAUGUUAUCUGUGAAAAAACAUCCGAACACACUCAUGUUAUUGCCAAAGCAAAUUCCUAUGUGUUUUACACAAUGGUUAAUAAAGGAAUCUGAAUCUGAAUCUGAGCAGAAUGACCUGUAUUAUGUUGGCACGUUGUUGAAUAAAGCCAGAGAGACCAG